AUGGACACCAACCCCGUCUCGUCUCCUCGUUCCUCCCACGACGGUGACGGCGUUCUGCGCGAUGCCGCUGGCGAUGCCCCUGGCAACGGCAUCCUGCGCGACGCCAUCGUCCCGGAUGCCACGGCGGUUGCCGCCGCCCCGGUACCGCCUGCCCUACGCGCCUUCCCCUCGUCGGUCCUUCAAACGAUCGACAUGCGCCACCACGUGCCCGUCAUUUUGGACCUCCACGGCGGCAACUACACCCAGUGGUGCCGGUUCUUCAACACCGUCGUCGGCAUGUUUGGCAUGCGCGAGCACAUCCUCGCCGAGGCCGCUCCUCUCCGCCGGCACCGUGACCCGGAGUGGGACAUGGUCGAUCACUGCAUCGUGCACUGGUUGCACGCCACCAUCUCGCCGGAGCUCGUCGACGCCGUGAUGCAUCAUGAAGACACGGCGCCCACGCUCUGGUCUGCGAUCGAGAGCAUCUUCCGCGGCAACCAGCUCCCGCGCGCGAUCUACCUCGACGCCGAGUACCACGCUGUCGUCCAAGGCGACCUCACCAUCAUGCAGUACUGCGCCCGCCUCAAAUCCUCCACCGACCAACUGCGCGACCUCGGGCAGAACAUCACCGACACACAGCAGCUCUUCAACAUGUUGCGCGGGCUCAGUGCACGGUACCACCAUGCCAUUCCACACCUCACCUCCCGUGUCCUGCUGCCAACGUUUCUGCAGGCCCGUUCCUUCCUCCUCCUUGAACAACACCGUGCGGAGUAG